UCUUAAGUUCCAUCAUGGGGUUUAACAUUCCUUGCCAUUCUUAAUAAGCGAUUCUUAAUUGCUGUUGAGUCAAGUUAAUCGGAUUUUAUGAAUUCACUUUUUUAAAAUCUCUACUGAUGCCAACUUCCAGUUUUUAUUAUUUUAAUUAACCUGUUUUCAUUUAAAUACACCUAUAAUCAAAUUUUCUGAAUCUUCCACUUUUAAUCACUUUUAGAAUCUUAUUUCCUCUUUUGCUUGUGGCAGAUAAUUUUGACUUUUCCUAAUUUUCACGUUUAUUCACAAAUCUCCCCAAAUUACCCCUUUAUUAUGAUGCAAUUAUCAAUUUUCUCUCUAUGUUCACGCAAAAAAUAAAUAAAUAUCUCUAAUUUCAUAAAAUGCCUCCAAGAAAGGGAAGAACUUCUGUCAAAAAAGGUAUUUUUAAUUAUUCAGAGCACCAUUUUAUACCAAUUUUAAAAGUCGAGAACCCGGAUGAAUUGAAGUCCGAUGAUUUGGAGGAGAUGGAGCUUGAUCCUUUGACUCAGGAUAUGAGUUCCCUAAAGUCUUCUGAUCUCACCCAUGAGAACCUUAACACUGACUCUACUUCUGAUAACCUAGAACUCAACAACUCGGUUGACGUUCAAUUAUCUGCAAACACAGAGCUCGAAAAUACUAAUAACACUAUGGAUACUACUGUUGAUACUACUCAUUCUGUUGACAAUAUCCAUUCAGUUGACAAUAUUCAUUCAGUUGACAACAUUGAGCUAGUUGACAAUUUUCACCUAGUUGACACUGCAAAUGCCGGUGGUACAGUGGUCACAGUUGGUAAUGUGGAUAUGGAUGUUGAUAUGGAAGGGUAUGUUCAAGAUUUAUCCAUGUGUGACAUUCCCCCACCGCCAGACUCUGAUGGCUACGGGCUGGAGGAUCAGAUGUCAAGUGAGGAAAUUUCAGAGUAUAUUUCUGAGAUAAUGGAGUCUCUGAUGGAUUUAUCGAAGCAACUUGAGGACCAGGACGAUGAGGAAGAGGAGGGCGCAAUAAAGGAGGACGAAGUGCCUUUUGAGCGGGUACCAGAGGAGGUAAACGGUGGAAACGUUCUCCUAUUUUUGAAUUUACCGCCUGAAUUUGACCCGAAGAGGCUGAGUGAGGUGUUUACGAAAUAUCCAUCACUUGUUUCAAACGUUUCAUUCCUGGACAAAACAAGGCUGAAGGUUUUUUUCACGUCAUAUAAAGGAGCUCAGGAAACGAAGAUGAAACUUGACUCUGUAAAAUUGUAUAAUCGCAGACUUCAAGUCAUUUACGCCCCUGACAAAUACACACUAAACGCUCCCAAAUAUUUAAAUAUUCCUCUAAACCUCAGUAAUCGCCAUCCGGUUGUUAAUCACCACCACAACUUCGUGAAUCAGCAUAGUCACACUAGCCAUCCAAAUCAUUUCAGGGGAUUUGGCAAUAACGCUAAUAUUCCACCGCCACCAUCCGCUCCUUACACAGGUCCUCCUCAAGAACGCUUUAAAAUCUCGUUUAACAGGUAUAAGCUAGUGAACACGACCAUGUCCCAGAUCUUGACUCAGAUUUACACUGAGGCAAACUUUGAGCCGGGAAGUCGCAGUCUCCAGUGGGACGACUCCUCACCCUUCUACCAGAACCAGCUGAAAUAUGACAGGUUAUUUGAAAAGUUCGGUAUAACUACUAGGUAUGUCAUGAUUGGAAGAUUGAACUACUCAGUAUUUGAAAACUCCAGUACUGUCCACGAUUUCCUCUCGUCCUUCACAAACUCAUCGUACACUUAUGAAAUUGUCAAUUUGCCCUCUAGUUAUCCUUCAAGUCCUUCCGUGACAGCUGAAACUACCUCACUCAACAGUGUUAAUGUUGAUAGUUUUAAUGGUUCAGACGGUGAGAAAUGGUUAUAUGUAAUAUUUGAUAAGAACAGAGACGGAUUGAACUUUUACAAUAAGGUAUAUAGCUACGUUUCAGCCUCAAGUUCAGAAGAUUCAAGUGAAGUGAAACAUAAGUAUUUGGUGAGAUAUGCAUGUCCACUGUCUCCUCAAGAUAGUUUGUGGAUAGGCAACGUGUGUGAGUUUUGCGGCUAUUUCAGAACUGAAGAUGAGGUCUACUCGUUCUUUAACAAUUUAGGCCAACUUAAGCAUUUCAAACUCGUCUACGAGUCAAACUGUAUAUUCCUAACCUUUCAUAGUAAACAAACCUCGAUAAAGGUGUAUAACCUCUUAAACGCACUGUCUCCAAGGAUGGUUAUCAGGCUUCUAACUGCAAACAACGCUAAUGGAAGUUCAAAUAGAUCAAGCCUAGUUGACAGGUUUUGUAGCUUGACAAUGGAUGUUGACGAGUCAAUGGGACUUAUGAAGGAGGAUUUGGUGACUGUUGACUUUACAGUAAGUAAGAGUGAGAACAGUUUUGCUUUGGGUCAGAAGCUCUUGAACGCCAUAAAGAGGAGAACAGACUCACAGGAACUCAUUGAAAAACUCCUGAACACAAGCGAUGCUUCAAACAUCCUGUCUGACAACUCAAUGUCAAAUCGUAGAAGUCAUGGCGGCUAUCCCAGCUAUAAUAGUUACGGGCCCAGGAGAAGGGAGCCACGGCCAAGAUAUGACAGGAGACCCUAUAGAGAUGACUAUUCCAGAGAGCCAUACCGUGACAGGGACAGAAGUAAUCGCGAACACAACAAGUAUAGACAGAGAUAUCCGAUUUCAAAGGAACCAAGAGUUGACCGUUUCGGAAGAACAAUUAGGCCCUACGAUAAGUCGAGACGUGAUGAACCUUGGAAAUAUAAUCAACACCAAGCUGAUUCUGAUAGUUUCCAGGACAAGUUGGAUCAUGAAGUUAGAAAAAGAAGCCAAGAAAGAGGAAUGGAUACCAAUUACCCAGAACCGCCUAAAACCGCCCACCCUAGUGAACGAUAUUUAUCAGAACAACCGCUCAUGGAUCAGGUUGAGAUGGAGAUUGAUCACUCAGAUACUGCUUCAAGCUCUUCUGGUAAGGCUGAGAGACCUGGUAGAAGAUUAGAAUACUGCCAACUACUCAAAAGAGGCAAGUUCAUUUGCAAAGUUGGUUGUGAAUUUAUUCGCGGUGACAAGGCUCACAGGUUACCUGAGCUUCUCGACGUUAAUCAGAGGGCUAACCCUGAGCGUUUGAAGAAUUACUUGACUAAAACACCCGAACUCUCACUUUGGCAGUUAUCUGCUGAUGGUAAGGAAGAUAAUCAGAAGUAUGACAAUCUUUGCGAAUACCUGAUUUCCAAAAACAGGGUCGCACUUGUUCAGCAAGGCCCCUAUGAAAUCUACAUCGUACCUCCCCAAGAACAAUACAUUCAAAUGCUAAACACUCCAGAUACGCAAUUCAUGUACGCUUAUGUCCUCUCUAAGUCCUAAUUUGCCUCUUCAUACUACUCAUACGUUUAUACAUUUUGUAUAGUAGUAUGUGUACAAUAGUGUAUUUUCUACCCUAAUAGUAUUGUAUAGAAUUUGUGUAAUAUGUAGGAUCUUAGUGAUUAACCGUGUUUGGAGCGUGUUUUGAUGUUAAAUAUGGUUAGAUUUUUGAUUUAUACCUUGUACACACUUCUUAAAUUAAUGUUAGGGAUUAGAACCCCCAUAAAUUGUAAAACCACAUGAUAACAGCGU